ACACAUGACGUCCGUUUCCCUACCCGCGCUCUGGCGUACUAUUAAAACUACCUUCCCUCACAUUUCACAGCUUUUUCCUUCAACUUCUGCAGCUCAAACACACACACACUCUCACACGCAAAACACACACACUGAUAGAUAAGGUCAUGGAUCUCGCGAAGAAACUGAGCAUUUUCGUUUUUCUUUUGUGCGUUCUGAUUUCAUUGAGGAACCAAAAAGCUGCAACUGAUUCGCGUUCGGUUGCUGAAGGUCCAUCCACACGGCGUAACCUCGGAGAAGACGACUCUCAUUCUAUCGCCGUAGUUCAGGCGCGGCUUAAAUACGACUACUACAGCGAUUCAUGUCCAUCAGCUGAGAGGAUAAUCCGAUCAACGGUCAGGGAAUUGCACGAGAUGAAGAAUGUCGGUCCUGCUCUGUUGAGGCUUGCUUUCCACGACUGCUUUGUCAUGGGGUGUGACGCUUCAAUUUUGCUGGAUUCGGCUGGUGAUGUGAAAAGCGAGAAAGACACUCCACCGAAUCGAUCUAUAAAAGCAUUUGAACAUAUUGAUGCUAUCAAGUCUAUACUCGAGGAUGAGUGCCCUGGAGUUGUAUCUUGCGCUGAUAUUGUAGUUUUGUCAGCAAGAGAGGGCGUUCUCCUGGCUGGAGGCCAAUUCUAUCCUGUUUUAACCGGACGAUUGGACAGCAAAAGGGCUUACCCCGAAGAUGCAGCUGCAUCUCUUCCCAGUCCUCACUUAAAUCUCGGGGAAGCUCUCAGGUCGUUUGCAGCGAAGGGAUUUGAUGCCAGAGAAACAGUCGCUCUGCUAGGUGCCCACAGCACCGGAAAGGUUCACUGCAGUUUCUUCUACAACCGGCUAUAUAACUUCAGUGGAACAAAUGGACCUGACCCUUCCAUAAAUGCUGAAUUCGUGAUGGUUUUGAGAUCACAAUGCAGCAACUCCUCAUCGCAACCAUCUCCAGCACCUUCUCCAUCAUCAGCAGCAUUAGAGGAUCGAGCAGUGAAGAUGGACUACGAAGGAGCAGGGAACGGUUUUGGCGAGGUAUACUACCGUAGUCUAUUGGAAGGCAAAGGGUUACUGUUUGUGGACCAGCAGCUCACAGCUGGAGACGAUACGAGGCCUUGGGUCGAAGCGUAUGCUGCAGAUGCUCCACGCUUCCGCAGGGAUUUUGGGCUGGCUAUGUUCAAGCUUUCGCAUCUCCACGUUGAUAGUGCUGCAGAGGGCGAGGUUCGUCUCAACUGCCGUAAAGUUAACUGAAUGUGGGGAGUAGAUCAGUUGUCUUCCUGUGAAAAUUAACUCAAAAUCUGUGGUAACUCUGCUUUUCUGCUUGUUGUUUCGUUUUAUUCCAUGGCGUAUACAUUAUCUGCAAUACCUUAUUAGUAUGGCAUUUUAUAUGUAUAUAUCUCUGUGGUUGCAUUGA